AUGGAAGGAAUGCCAACCAUCGACACAGCAAAGACAGCGAACUCUGGAUCAGAUGAUAGAGAGGAGCCUGCAAGGGUCAUGGGGGCAUCCUUGCAAAACUUGCAGAACACCAGACUGCUAGAUUUCUCCUAUUCUAGCCCAGGGGUCUCAAAGUACCGGCCACAUCGAAGUGACAGAUGCUACAGACUGACUGCAGUGUGUCUGGGGCUGCUGUGUGUUUUCCUGCUGGCUGUCAUUAUAGUGCUGUGUGUCUGCUUCAACAACCUAACUAGAGAGAGAGACCAGUUACAAAUCAGGUACAACAACCUGACUGCAGAGCGAGACCAGUUGCUGAAAGAGAGACAAAAGUAUCAAAAUGUGUUCUCUGAACUGGGUUGGAUAUAUUUCAGUCACAGUCUGUAUUACAUCUCUACUGAAUGGAAGAGCUGGAGUGAGAGCAGACAGGACUGUACAGACAGAGGAGCAGACCUGGUCAUCAUAAACAGUGAAGAGGAACAGGAGUUUGUUAAUAGUCUGUGGAAGCUGAGUCAGUCAGGCCUUUGGAUUGGUCUGACUGACAGAGACACAGAGGCAGUGUGGAAAUGGGUGGAUGGUACAGCACUGAGCACUGGGUACUGGGGUGAAGGGGAGCCUAAUAAUAGUGGACAGUCAGGAAAUGAGGACUGUGUUGUUCUUGAUUGGCCUGACACUUGGAAUGAUAUACCUGAAGGGGAAAUGCCAGGUGGUGAAGAUGCUAAGAACUCCAGCGGGGAAAUUGCCCUGAAAGCAUCUACGAGUGUUGGACUUACCAAAGCCAAACCCCCAGCAGUCAUGGAGAAGGCUCUAAAGAGACAUUACAGACUGUAG